AUGAACGCUUUGGUGGCUCUGUGUCAUUUCUGUGAGCUUCAUGGACCGAGGACACUGUUCUGCACGGAGGCUUUGCACCUUCCCUCCCCGUCGCCUUCGUCCCAGACAGGCGUCGCGGUGUCCGGGGACAGAGACGUUGAUCGGGACGGUGAAGGACUCACAAUGAGGGCCAACAGUUCGGCCAGCCAGAGGGGAGAAAUGUGUGAGGGGUGCCGCUCACUCCCCGCAUCCCACCCAGGCUUCAUGAGCAUCGACGACGAGACGGGCAUUCGCUUCCUGAGCCACCAGCAUCCCAGAGAGCCUCAGCUCUUUAGCGUCGUGCGCCAAGCUUGCGUACGCAGUCUUAGCUGUGAGGUCUGCCCUGGUCGCGAAGGCCCAAUUUUCUUUGGCGACGAGCAGCACGGUUUUGUGUUCUCGCACACUUUCUUCAUCAAGGACAGUCUAGCAAGAGGCUUUCAGCGCUGGUACAGCAUCGUCAUGGUGGCCAUGGACCGGAUCUACCUCAUUAAUUCCUGGCCUUUUCUGUUACGCCAUCUCAGCUUGACCAUACAAAGUCUGCAAAGCACUGCUCUGAAGGUGUUUGAAAACGAGCAAGGCAUUUGCCCCCAGCGUGCAGUCAGGAUGAACAGCGUGUUCUCACCUGCCAUUUUUCCGCACCAAAGAAGCGGCAACGCAGCACGUUCCCUAACGUCACUGACAAAGCAUCCUAAUCUGUGGUCCAGCCUGCACUCUUCAUUCAGCUGGCUGCUGAAGGCGUGCGGUAGUCGUCUGACUGAGAAGUUGCUGGAAGGGGCCCCCACUGAAGACACGUUGGUACUCAUUGAGAGACAGACAGAACAAGAAGAGGAAAUGAGUUGCUGGGAAGGAGCCGAAGGAGGCAUUUCCAAACCGCAGGGGCACCAAUUAGACAGCGAACUGACUCCUGAAGAUGAAUCGCCCGGUCCGAGGUUUAGGUCAUUGCGUCAUUUGAGACAGGUCCUUGGAGCUGCUGAGUUCCGGCAGGUGACGUGGCAUGUGCUCAUGGGAAACCAGGUCAUAUGGAGAGGAGCAGACUCCGGGCUCAUCCAGUCUGCUUUUACAACACUCAAGUCAUUGCUCCCGGUAGGCUGUGUGCGUUCAGUUCCCUACAGUGCUCAAUAUGAAGAAGCCUACAAGUGUAACUUCUUGGGUCUGAGCCCAGAUGUGGUCAUUCCAGCACACGUCAUAACUUCAGAGUUUUCAGUGCUUGUGGAUGUCAGCUCAGAGACAGGCUGUCACAGCCUGCUGACAGAAGACAAUAUCUGUUCGUUUUAUCAGUUCAACAUCAGCAGUGCCAACACACAGCCAACAGAUAGAGGACCAACGUUACUAAACAAACUGGAGGUGGCGCUGUCCAACGAGAACUUGUCUGUGGACGUGGUGUCUCACUGUCUGCUGUGUUUGAAGGAGGAGUGGAUGAACAAGGUCAAAGUGCUCUUUAAAUUCUCUAAAGUGGACGGGCGAGGCAGGGAAGACACACAGAAGGUUCUAGCCUUGCUCGGCACCACGGGGUCCGGCGAGGAGGACAACGUGAGGCUGCUCAAAUUCUGGAUGACGGGACUGAGUAAAACCUACAAGAGCCAUUUGAUGAGCGCUGUCCGGGGAGGGGAGAGAAGCCCCAGCCAGUGA